AGGCGUCAUAGAGGACCCGCCCCCAUCACACAAGGACCAAUAGAUAUUCACUGGCCUGCUCGGUUCUUCUCUCCUAUGGGUCCAUUUCUAUGUCAGUUAUCAUGUUCCCCGCCUCUGAUUUCAGGUGGGCGGGGUUCCGUUGGAGCAUCGCGCUGACGUCAUCAGCGGACAGUCCAUGCCAUGAUGGCGGCUGCGGAGCGGAGCGCUGGGCCCGGUUCUUCCCCCGGUUCUUCCCCCGGUUCUUCCCCCGGUUCCUCGGAGCCUGCGGCGGACUACUCCAUGCUGGUGGUGGUGGGAGCGCUGCGGUCCCCCGGGAUGCUGGAGCGGCUGCUGCGGCAGAUCGACUCGGGUGUGAGGUGCUGGUGUGUAGAUCUGGACGUGUCCGUUGUGGAUCAGCAGUUGAAACUCUUUGUGUCCAGACACUCGGCCUUCAUGUCACAACACGUCCCAGGUCAGAGGACGCUGCGUCACUGUGGAGACGUCCUGGACGUUCAGGUCGUGGUGAAUCCAGUUCGGGACUUCGUCCUCUCUGAGGUCCGACGGCUGAUCUGUGACCCGUCUCGACACAAGCUGCUGGUGCUGGUGGGUCAGUGCGUGGAGCAGAGCGGGGACAUCGUCCUGCAGAGGGGACGCUUCUCUCUGCACGACCUCGUCCACAUCUGCACUGAUGAUGAGGUUACAGAAUUGUUGAACUCGUCAGAGGCAGAGGUGAAGGCCAGUCUCACGCUCUGCUGUCCCAACCAAGGUCAAUGGACGGAGUCUUUUUCAGAGAAACACGACCUUCAAGGCCUCAUGAACAUCCAGGUCAACCCCCCCCUCGUCCUCCCUCAGAUGGAGGGUCUGCAGGAGUUCACAGAGUAUCUCUCGGAGUCGCUGGAGCCCGAGUCGCCCUUUGACCUCCUGGAGCCGCCGUGCACCGUCGGCUUCCUGAAACUCUCGCGACCCUGCUGCUACAUCUUCCCUGGUGGGAGGGGGGACUCGGCCUUCUUUGCCAUCAAUGGUUUUAAUGUUCUGGUGAAUGGCGGCUCGGACCCCCGCUCCUGCUUCUGGAAACUGGUUCGACACCUGGACAGAAUCGACUCUGUGCUCCUGACCCACAUCGGUGUGGACAAUCUCCCUGGACUCAACAGUCUCCUGCAGAGGAAAGUGGCUGAGCAGGUGAACGAGUCUCAGACUGAAGAGGACUGGAUAAAAAACCUCAUCUCUCCUGAGAUCGGUGUGGUUUUCCUCAACGUUCCUGACGGACUCCAGUCUAUUCAGGAGGAUCCCAGUGAGCUGCGCAGCUGUGACCAGGUGGCACUCACGUGUCAGUACUUGCAGAGAUUGGCGAUCAAACCUGAACCUCUUGACCGGUUUAAUGGUCCCAUUAUAGAACCAGUCAUUUUGUUUCAGAAGAUGGGAGUCGGCCGUUUGGAGCUCUACACUCUGAAUCCUGUCAAUGGAAGCAAAGAACUCGAGGCUUUAAUGCAGAUUUGGCCAAACAGUGGAUCGAAUGUAAAGAGCUCCCAUCUUCCUCUAACAUCCCUCGUUUCCAUCUGUGCUCUGCUGGUGUGGCAUCCAUCCAGUCCUCAGGAGAAGAUCAUCCGUGUCCUGUUCCCAGGGUGCACGCCACAGAACAAAAUCCUGGAUGGACUCGAAAAACUCAAACAUCUGGAUUUCCUCAAACAUCCAACAGUGUGUUCGAAAGAUCUCGACACACUCAAAACUGAAAAACAACCAAAAAGAGCAGAGAGUCGUGAAAGCCUUAAGUCCAGUUCUAAAGAUGUCCGACCCAGCAGUGCCUUACAGAAAGACAGGCUUGAACGAGUAGAGGUAAAAAAACAUGAGGUUAAAAUGAAGCCGAAGGCAGCAGGGGACCCUGCUCACAAAGACAAGAUGGAUGGAGAAGAAAAAACUAAAGUGAAGGAUGGAAAUGUCAAAUUAAAGCCACUGAAAACUGCUGAGAAGUUUGCUGCCAAGAAAGAUGUGGUGUUGAAAGAGGAGAAAAAGGAAGAAAAAAGGAAGGAGAGUCUGAGUUUCAAACCAAAGAAAGACAUUAGACCUGAACCAAAGAAAGACAGUAAGAGGGGCGUAAGGACAGAGGAGAAGACAGUUUCCAGACUAGUUGCUAAAGAUGCAAAAAAAGCAGGAAGUGGAGCUUUAUCAACUGAACCAAAGAAACUUCCAGGUAGGACUCAGAAGAAAGACGUGGCCUUUCCAAAGAAAGACACGUCGAACAAAGGGACGAAGAUAGAGGCUGAUCGCUCCAAGGUGUCAGCGCCUGAGAACAUGACUGCUGAAUUUGAAAGACUUCAACUGGAAGAUGACAACGCAAACAUCGGAUUGAAGAACGUGAGUUCUGAGGGCGUGAAGGCCAAAGGAAGUCAGACGUCAACUGUCGAGAGUCCCGAAGUGUUCCGCUGUACGGAGGAAAUGCCUGCUGCACUUUCGUCUCUUGUCAAAACACCAAAGAGUAAUCUCGGUGUAAACCUUGAUAUCACCUCGACUGCGUUCCGUCCGUCACCUGAAGAAGAUGCUCAGUGUGGGGGGGAGCUCAGCGGCCUUGUGGCCAGAGAGUCCAGUCUUGACUUCAGUUCUUGUCGGACAUCAGACUCCCUGAGGGACGUUCUGGAAACCUCCAGCCUCCUGACCCUCAGUCCUUUCAGGGACGUGAUGCCAGACUCUUCUCUUACGAUGACGUCCAUGCCACCUACUACUGCGUCACCCAAAGGACCCAUGGGAGACCGAGUAGACGCCAAUGGACAUGUCAAUGACUUGGACUCCAACACAGGGAGGAGAUCGUCCCAUCAUGGAGAUGGAUCAGAGGAGCGCAUUCACAGGAUUUGCGACCUCACCUCAGACGUCCCACAUGAUGUUGAUCUGUGUCUGGUUUCACCUUGUGAGUUUCAUCAUCCCAGGAGCCCAGAGAACCAUCAGCAGCCCCUCAACGCCGCUGUUUCACCAAACAUGUCCGACAACAACAAUGACUCUCAGGACCAGGAAACUCCUCCCACAUCUACCAGCGACUCCCCGCUGACCAUCACAGAUUGUGCCCUCCCCCCCGGCACAGAGGGCUGUCCGUCCAUCACCGCAGAUGGAGACUCUGAUGACGAUGCCAGUGACCAUUUUCCUUCCAGUCAUCCUCGGGAUCAACACAGUCUGCAAUACAUCCACCAGCAGGGACGACCUUCCUCCCAUGAACUGCCACCAGCCCCAAUCAAAGAUCUGCCACCAUUACCCCCCCAGCCUGGAGCCUGCAUGUCAGACGCACAGGCUGAUGCCUCCAACAAGAGUCUGAAGAGUUCAGCUGCGAAGAACAAGAAGCCAUCAGGUUUGACCCAGAAGUUAACAUCUGGAGGAGCCACAGCCCAGAACGGAAAGUUGAAGGUGGGCAGCUCCUCGGGCUCGUUGAAGAUGAUGACCAGCCUUGACGCAAAGUCAUCAUCGAGAAAUUCACUUGGUGGAUCAAGAAUUGGAAAUUUAAAACCUCCAUCGUCAGCUCCGAGAGUCUCUGAGGGUUCUGAGGGAUCUGUGAUCUACGUGGAUCUGGCUUACCUCCCGUCCAGCGGCGCCUCCUCCACCGUGGACGUAGAUCUGUUCAAACGCAUUCGCUCCUCGUAUUACAUCAUCAGUGGAGACGAUCCUGUGAAGGAGGCGUCAAUGAGAAGAAUCCUGGACUCGCUGCUGGAGGGGAAGAGCAGCUGGGCCGAGGUCCAGGUGACUCUGAUCCCAACAUUUGAUUCGCUGGCGAUGCACGAAUGGUACCAGGAAACUCACGACCGGCAGAGGGAGCUGUCAAUCACCGUGCUGGGCAGCAACAGCACCGUAGCGAUGCAGGAGGAGACUUUCCCCGCCUGCAAGGUCGAGUUCUGAGACCCCCCCCCCCCCCCCCCCCCCCCCAGGAGACAAUGAGCCUUGAUGUUGCCAUGGUAACAGCCAUGUCAGCAGUUUGCGAAAUAUUUCCCCCCAGAAAAGUAGGCAGGGGGGGGGGAGUACAGCUCUGAUAAGUUGAUCUUUUCAUACAUGUUUGGACCAUGAAAAGUUACUUCACAGUUUUUAGUGUGUGUGUGCGUGUGUGUUUUCCUGUGUCCAUCAUCCAGAAGCUACACAAUUCUUUUAUCAACCUCUUAUUGUGAAGAAUUCCACUGUACUGGAGUUUGGUCGGGAGAUGAGGCGACGGCCUGGUGAAGCAGGAAGAACCCGUUCUUCACCUCCUUCCUCUCCUUCAACCUUCCAAUCGUUAGCAUGUCAGGAUGAAGGGUGACGUCUCCUGUAAAAGAGUUCAGAUCAAAAAUCUGUUUUAUAUCGGUUUAAUUAAAUAUAUGUUUCUUACUUACUGAAAAAUUCAAUUCAUCAUUUAACACUAAUGUUCACUGAGAUGAAACUUCAUGAUCUAAAUGAAUCGUAAGAGUGAAAGUUUUAGUUUGUUUGAAGUGAAGAUUCCACAGAAUUCUCCCAAAAGAACUCAAGCUUUUAUUUUGUAAUGUUAUUUCCUGUCUCACCACAUCAUCACAUCUGGUUUUGACGUCUGUCUCAUGCCUUCUGUUAAAAAAUGAUGACAUCAUUCUUCAAUAUCAUUUUUAUUUUUUUGUGUCAAUUUUAAGAAAAACAGGAAAUAACAAUUUGUUCACCUUCAUCAAUAAGAUACUGAUCAGCUGUUCCUCAUGAGAUCAGAUUAACUCAAAAAGCUGCAUCGCCCAUGACAUUUUAUUAUUUUGGUUUGAGUGAUUAAUGUUUUUCUGUGUAAAACGUAUAAAACCAACACAAAGAGAAAACUCGACCAUUUGGAUUUUUGUUUUCCAUCAGACAGUUUAAGUUUUUAUUUAUUUAUUUACCUUUUUUAAAUUCAGAAUUGGUUCACUUCCUGAAUGUUGGUACGAGUUUCAAUGUUUUAUUCCCAAAGGUUAAAAUCCUGAUGAUCAUUGAAACCAGUGAACGGAGCAGUUACUGUUUUAAUAAAGCUCCAGCUACACAAUCUAUUGUAAAUAUUGACACAAAGGUUUGUAAUAUUACAUUAUUCAUUGAAAAAUAUGAACAGAGAGCAUUUUAAAAGGUUUAUAAAUAUUAAGAAUGUUUUGUUCCUGAAAUUGAAACGUUUAAAUUGUUUUGAUGGUUUUAGUUCAAUGUCAGUCAUAUUUUUUAUUUUAAUUUGUGAUUUUAUUUCUCAAAAUGUAAUUCUUGUUACAUGUCAUGUCAUUUUUUAGCUGACGCUUUUAUCCAAAGCGACUUAUAUUUUUAGAACACUCAUCAUUUUUAUGAGGGGCCAUCUAGGGGUUCAGUAUCUUGCCAAGGACACUUAGGCAUGCAGAUGGGAUAGAGUGGGAUUCGAACCGGCAACCUUCUUAUUGUAGAGCACCCGCUCUAUCCCCUAGGCCACGCUCUCCCCAAAGUUAUGAUUUGUUUGAAAGAAUCAUUUCUGGUCAAAUCAGAUAAUGCCCCCCCCCCCCACACACACACACACACCAACACACACUGUGUAUUUAAAUAUAAAAACACAAGUUUUACAGAUUCUGUCAAAAUAAAAUCCCUUUAACACAG